AUGACUUCAGAGACGUCGCCAGGGGAGGCGGCAUCUACGACAUCUGACACAUUGGCAAGUUAUGUCACUGACUACCGUACGGAAAAUGGUCGACGAUAUCAUGCUUACCAAGACGGCAGCUACUGGGGUCCCAAUGAUGAACAAUCCUGCGAGGCCGAAAAUCUGUCGCAUACCAUGUACACCCUGACCCUUGGUGGAGAGCUGCAUUUGGCGCCUAUCAAAGCUCCGCGAGAAAUCCUGGAUGUCGGGACUGGCACGGGCAUCUGGGCAAUCCAAAUGGCCGAUAAGUUUCCCGAGGCCCAAGUCACCGGGACCGAUCUAUCACCCAUACAGCCGGAUCUGGUUCCUGAAAACUGUGUGUUUGAAAUUGACGACAAUUCACUAGACUGGACCUGGGAAGAGAAUCAACUUGAUUAUGUUCACGUAAGAGAAAUGAUGGGAUCAAUCAAGGAUUGGGAUUUGUUCUGCAACGAAGCCUUGCGAUGCAUUGCACCUGGUGGCUAUAUUGAGAUCAUGGAACACUCCACCUGGCCGGUCAGUGAUGAUGGCUCGCUAAGUCCUGAUCAUUUCUACAACACUUGGGGCCAAACCAUCAGUGACAUUUCCGUGAAAUGGGGGAAGACCUUCGACACUUGGAAAGAGAGCAAGGCCCUUUUGGAAAAAGUUGGCUUUGUUGAUGUUGUUGAGAAACGCUUCAAGUGGCCCAUGAAUGGCUGGUCCAGCGAUCCGGCACUCAAGAAGCUUGGAGAGCUCAAUCAAAUGCGCGUCACAGAACAUAUUCAAGGCUUUACCCUGCGAUUACUGACCGGUGCCGGCGAGUGGCCACUUCCGCGAGCUCACGUUUUCUUGGCCGAGAUGAGAAACGCCUUGAAAGACACCGAUUGCCAUGCAUUCCAAGAUGUGAGCGUCGUGUAUGGUAGAAAGCCAUCAUGA